ACUUUCAAAGUUUUUGUCGACAUUUUAUUAUAACCAAUUUUCAAGUAUUGAUACGUUCUUUGAUUGCGUCAUGUAAACGUAUAGUUAUAUGUUAUAGCUUCGAUUAUCUCGAAAUUCAUUGCGAUUCGUGAUUUAGAAGCUUUGUUCAUCCAAAUAUUAGUAAAAAUCGUUAUGGAUGGUACAUAACAAAAAACCAAAAUGGAUGGUGAAGGUGAAGAUUUCAAUCUCCACUGGGAGGAGGAGGAAGUGGAGUCAAAGCACAUCCCAGGUGUAGUGGCUUCAGAGGUCAUCUGUGGCUUAGAUAAUGUGCAAGCUGGUUCUUACUCCAAUAUGAGCUCAGAAGUUAUCAUACAAGACACAGAUCAGAUAGCAGCGGAGAAUCUGAUGUUCUUGUCCCAGGAUGUAGUCAGUUACACGGAUGCUGCCGAGUUGGCUGUGGACCCCAGUGUGGAGUGCGUUACAGAGGAGGUGAUCACGGAUGACUGGACUGAGGGGCAGGACAGUUUGUAUAAUUUCAGAGUCGAGGUUCCAUUGGAGCACUUUACGAACCCAGUAUUGGACAUAAAAGAGGAAAAUGAUAUUGAUGUCCCACUUCCAACAGAUCAGGACCAGUACACAGCAAUGCGACCAUGGCCAUGCGACUUCUGCUCACGGCGGUUCCGCAAGAAAGCCGCCCUGAUGAACCAUAUGGUGGCCCAUCAGAACGACCGGCCCCACGCCUGCAACCUUUGUGGCGUGCGCUACGUACGCAAGUGCGAUUUGAUGAAUCAUCUUAAGGUGCACGCUAUGGUGCCGGACAACGCGGACCCGGUCGACUACGAGGACGUGUUAGAUAACAGUCAAGUAAUAAAACCAAAGAAAAAGCGAGGGAGACGAAAAAAGAAUCCCGAGCCAGUGCCUGAAGAAAACGGAGACAUAUGGGAGAAUAUGACGUCAGCGCGCACCAUGCAAUGGUCCCGCCGCGCGCGCUCGCCGGCGCGGCCCCCGCGCUCCCCGCCGCUGCCGCCGCCGUCGCCGCCCUCGGAGCCCGAGCCCUGCCCGCCGCCGGCCGACCCCAGCCGACCCUUUGUCUGUAGGCAUUGUGGGGUCGGCUUCGCGAGGGAGAAGGCGUUGCAGUCACACUCUAGGAUACACGGAGGAGAUUCGCCGAUAGAGUGCGGCACGUGCGGCGAGCUGUGCUGGUCGCGCGAGGCGCUGGCCACACACGCGCGCCAGCGGCACCCGCACCAGCCGCCGCAGCAGCCGACCAGGGAGCCCUACGACUCCAACUCGGGUGACGACGACAUGGAAUACCAGCUGUCGCCUCUAGCCGACAGCGGGAGCGAGCGAGCCGUGUACGACACGCAGCGGGGCCCCGAGCUGUUCUGUCAAGAUUGCGGCGUCGCCUUCCAGCGGGCCGACCUGCUGCGUCGGCAUCAGGCUGCCGCUCACAGUCACAAACGUCACGACAGCUCGUCGUCGACGUGGGCGGAGCACUCGUGCGACGUGUGCGGCGAGACGUGCGCGGACGCGCUGCAGCUGCUCGCGCACGCGGAGCGCCACGCCGACCGCCCCGCGCCCUCCAGAUUCAAGAGGAUGUCACGGGGAAGAAAUAACACGUCUUCGAGUGGUUCGCGGCAAUUCCCCUGCAGAGAGUGUGGCAAAGUAUUCGGCUCGCGUAGCUCCCAACAAAUCCACAUCCGAAUACAUACCGGCGAGCGACCUUACGCCUGCCGGUUCUGCUGGAAGGCCUUCGCGGACGGUGGCACUCUGAGGAAACACGAACGUAUACACACCGGCGAGAAGCCGUACGCGUGCGCGGUGUGCCCCCGCGCGUUCAACCAGCGCGUGGUGCUGCGCGAGCACGUGCGGAGCCACCACUCCGCGCCCGACCGCCGCGCCAACGGUGGUCCCUCGUUUUGCUGCGUGGUUUGCGGUCGUACGCUACACUCCAGUGCAGAGCUGGUGCAGCACCUUAUUCAACACUGCGACGCCAACACCGCGCUAAAGCGGCAGCCGCAGACCGGUCCCCGGAAAUACAAGCGGCGGCGGAAAAUCAAGUCGGAGCUGUCCCCGCGGCACUCGUGGGAGCGCGGCUCCCCCUCCCCCCCGCGCUCCCCCUCCCCCUCCGCCUCCGCCUCCCCCCCGCCCGCGCCCGCCGCGCCGCCGCGCCGCCGCCGCCGCGCGCCGCCGCCCCGACCCAAGAUGAUACACACCGAGGUGCGCCGCGCCAAACCCAGACAGGUACGAGGACGACGGCCGCCGCGGCACCCGGCCGACGACCUGCGCGCCAUCGCGCCGCGCUCCGCCACGCCCUCCCCCUCCCCCGAGCCCGCGUCCGCGCCCUCCCCGCCUCCCAAACAGUCCCCGCCCUCCUCCCCGCUAGCCUCACCUCAGGAAGGCGGCCCGUUCAGGUGCGAAAUGUGCUCCGAAGAAUUCCCUCGCCGCGACGCGUUGUUGUUACACGUGCCGGUGCAUAUAUGACGCAGCCGACCGAAGCGGCAGAGGCCGCGGCUAUCGCGCGAGAAAAGAGCUUGAUGAGACAACCGAGCGAGCCAACAGCUGUGAGUCUCUGAAAUGUGUACAUUUUAGUUUAGCAAACAUGGUUCCGCGAUGGAGACAUAAGGCGUUCUCUUUCAGAUACCAAUAAACAAAUGAGAUGAAAAUAGCCUUGUCUUUCUUGGCUGAUUAUACUAUGGUCAGUUUCCGUAACGACCUUAUGAGUGGUGUGAUUCUGUACGAUCAUAAGAAGAUUCAUACUUGAUUCACCGUAAAUCUGGAUGAGACUAGUUUGUUGAAGGGUCUUAAAACUGGAUAAAGGUCUAAUUUAUUUAAAUAAAUAAAUUUGGCCCUGUUCAUAAUCACUGAGUUAGAUUUGCCAUUACUUGGUAAUCUUCCCUCCAUCCUAUAAAUAACUCAAGUAGUCGAAGACUGAUAUCGCUUCGCAAUAAUUUAGCAGUUUAUACCCUAUAAUAGAUAUGUGUUUGUGAUUAGAUUGCCACCUGGAGCCCAUUUCUCGAACGGUAUUAGUCUAAUAUUAUUAGUGUGUUGCCAUGGUAACCCAUAUAAUUUGACAGUUCGUGGACUAAUAAUAUUAGUCUAAUACCGUUCGAGAAAUGGGCCCCUGGACGCGCGCGACGAUGAUAGUCUGAUAUCACUUAGCGUGAAAUUGCCUUAGAACCUCUUAGCAAUCCAGUCAUUGUUGUAGUAAAAACAUGUGAAGCAUAUUGAUGUAAGCGACUGUCGCACAAGACUUCCUUUUUUUUAAGAUCGACCCAAAUAGCCAUCUAAAUAUGCAUAAUGUAUAUAGAUAGAAUAAUAUUAGACCCUAUUAAAUCUAUGUUUCAGCCGCGAUCGGUAACAGUAAAUAAGGGUUAUUUAACAAUAGUUAAAAAUUAGUUAUAUAUGAUGCACGAAUAAGUAGUUGAAAAAGUGAUGUGAACGUAUAUUUUCUAUCUCUCUUGCAUUUUGAAGUCUGCCUAAACUACUGUCAGUCUUAUGGAAAAAUAGAUAAUUACUUAUAAGUCACGGUCAAUUCAUAAAAUAAUAAUGUGUACCUAAAUAAAUAGCUAAAAUAAAGUAAAGUGAAUCUCCUUUAUUUCCAAAAUGAAUGUAAUAGUGACAGAAAUGUGGCGGUCUUAUACAAAUUGUAAGGUAUAUGAUAAAAGCUGGGCUCACUGUGUGACAUAUCUAUUUAAGAAACUUAAUACAGAAAAGAUUCAUAUUGGACCACAACAUAACAAGAUUACAGCCAAAGGCGUAGUACCCGAGCAGCAUACAUCGCUGUCGUCGCCAUUGUUAGUAGCUCGGUUCGCGUUUAGGGCCGUCAGACCACUGUUACUUUUUACACUGUGCUAUCGCCUUGUGGUAUUGGGAUUCCCAAAAUUCGAGACUCCUGGGAGCUGUUUUAUAAAUGCCUAUAACACAAGCGAACGUCAUUUUCUACCAAAAAAAUACCUCCGCUUAUUUUACAGAUAUUUAUGAAUCCGUACUAUCUUUAUGAUACAUAUUAGAUUGUAUGAGUGUUUGUGAAUUUGUUGAUCGUUGUGUAGUGCGUGAUGUUCGCCUUUUCUACCUAUCUAAUUGUAAGGUAUGAAAUAUGAAUCAAUACAUGUACAGAGCGCCUACCGCGAAUCACGUUCUACAUCUUGCCUCCCGGUCACACUUACGUACGAAUUUACAAGUGCGACAGAGAGGCAACACGUCGAACGUGGUUCGUGGUAGGCCCUCUGUUGUUUCCCACUAUUGUCGUUAGAGUUAGACCAAGAAAAGUCUGCAGCGAUUUUGAUAGCAUACGCAGUGCCAGUGUUAUUUAUACGUCAUAAUUUCAUAGAAGUUUGACGUUUAAAAUGACCCUUGCACUGCACUCUAGUUGGUAGAAUGUGACAUGACUCAGCCAAAAUACUAUUAAUAAGUCUUAUUAGAACUCUCCUUUACACCCCUUAAACGUGUUGUGCCCAACCAUAAGGAUCGUUUGUAAAGGGCGGCUGGCAUGCAGAUGCCAUUCAAGUCUUUAUUGACACCCGUCAAUGUUCCUUUAGCUUGGGAAUGGCACAAAUAGCAAAUGUUUAGAGUUAGACCAAGAAAAGUCUGCAGCGGUUUUGAUAGCCCACGCAGUGCAAGUGUUAUUUUAAACGUCAAACUACUAUGAAAUUAUGACGUAUAAAUAACACUUGCACUGCGUGGGCUAUCAAAAUCGCUGCAGACUUUUCUUGGUCUAACUCUAUGAUAAACCUGUCAAUUGUUGUAAAUAUUAUUAGUUUAGAAACAGUGAUGAGAGCUCGAGGCUAGAAUUUUGGAACUAAUAGUUCUGGGACAUUUACUUAUCGUGACAUUGAAUGAUUAUGUUUGUCUGUUUGUAACACUGUUGCCUAUAUUACUAAGACUCCAUAUUAUGUUGUCGUAUUGAUUGUAUUGUUGUAUUUUAUUAAUGGACUGAUUUAUAAAAUAGACGAAACUGUACAUAAGUGUGUAGUUAGUUUGCAAUACUAUACUUUGUUUAGUACAAAAUGGUGUAUGUUUUGGGGUUCUUUAACAGUUUAUAUUUGCUUUUUUGUGAUAUAGCCAUAAAUAACUGGUGGUUUAUGUAUGUGCCAUAGGAGGUUGGCGUCGGACACCUAAAAUGUAAUAUUAUAUCAUUAUCAAGAAUCAAUUCGUAAUGGUGCAAUACAUUCCCCAACAAUGUUUAGCAACCAAUGUGUUAGCAAUGUUUUAUUUUUUUUUAUCAGAAAAAAAGUUUAUUAAUAUUUUCUUCAAAAUUUUAAGAACUUGUUUCAAUCAUGUUUUUAAUGCAGAAUAUUUUAUGAUAUUUCAUAAAUAAAACCGUUGCAAUUUUUCUUAGCUUUUUAAAAUGUUUUUAUAUAAGUUUCACCCAUUUAUUUCAACAUUUAUAAUAAUUUAAUGUUAUUAUGCAUACAUCACUGAUUGUCAUGAGCAUAACCAAAUGUAACUAUUGACUUAAUGUUGUAUACCUAAGCAAUAAAAUUAAACAGUCCA